AUGGAGGAGGAAACGAUUAGAAGGGCGGGGGGAGGAGUGGUCUGGGAAGAGUUGACGGCGGAGGCGGAGCAGACCAAGAAGAAGCUGCUGAAUAAGGCCACUGGUUAUGCACUGCCAGGAAGGCUCAUGGCCCUCAUGGGUCCCUCCGGCUCCGGCAAAACCACCCUCCUCCGCUCCCUCUCAGGAAGGCUGGCUGGGAACGUUGUAGUGACCGGCAACGUUCUAAUCGGCGGGAAGAAGAAAUGCUUCAAAUGCAGAGAAGUGUCUUAUGUGGAUACAGAAGAACUGUUCUUGGGGACUUUGACGGUGAGAGAAACCUUAGCAUACUCUGCAAAUCUGAGGCUUCCUUCGAGAAUGACACGAGAGGAGAUAAGCAAGGUGGUGGAAGAAACCAUAAUCCAACUGGGUCUAGAAGAAUGUGCAGACAGUAAGCUUGGGAACUGGCAUUUACGUGGUAUCAGCAGUGGCGAAAAGAAGAGACUCAGCAUUGGCCUUGAGAUUUUGACACAACCCCACGUCUUGCUUCUGGAUGAACCCACAAGUGGGCUUGACAGUGCCUCUGCUUUCUACGUGAUUCAAACCCUGUGCAGUAUAGCUAAUGAUGGAAAGGUAGUUGUCUGUUCCAUUCAUCAGCUGAGCAGUGAACUCUUUAACCUUUUUGACGAUCUUCUCUUGCUAUCGAGCGGAGAAACUGUUUAUUUUGGGGAAGCAAAGAUGGCUUUGAAGUUCUUCACUGAUGCAGGGUUCCCCUGUCCAGUUAGAAGGAAUCCUUCAGAUCAUUUCCUUCUCUGUGUUAAUUUGGACUUUGACGCCAUUGAUGCAGUUACGAUGAGUUCUGAAGCAAGUAUUCCUACGUCAUCAAAUCCUGCAACAGGCAAGAAAACAGAAGAGAUUAGGGCGACACUCAUCGAGAGUUACAAAAAUUCAGAGCAGAUGAUCAACGCAAGAAGGAGAAUUCAAUGUUUGAAAUCCAGUGGAGACCAAGUAAUCGAGUCCAAUGUCAGUGGCAGUAUCAGCUGUUGGAAGCAGCUCUACACAUUGACCCAUCGAUCAUUCUUAAAUAUGUCAAGGGACGUAGGCUACUAUUGGCUGAGGAUCUUUUUCUAUUCACUGGCAGCCACUGGUAUUGGUCUCUUCUUUUUUCAUCUUGGUACUGACAAGGACUCAAUCUUGGCCAGAGGAAAGUGUGUAUCAUUCAUUUAUGGGUUCAUAAUUUGUCUGUCAUUUGGAGGAUUGCCACUUUUCAUUGAAGAAUUGAAGGUGUUCUACGGUGAGAGGUCCAAAGGGCAUUACGGAGAAGCUGUGUUUGUACUAUCAAACAUCCUAUCGUCUUUCCCUUUCCUACUUGUAACAUCGGUCUUCUUUGUCACAAUCACAUACUCCAUGGUGAAACUUCAUCUGGAUUUAGCUCAAUGUGUUUUCUUUUUCCUCAACUUAUUUGUGUGCCUAUCUGUCAUUGAGUGCUGCCUCAUGGUAGUAGCCUCACUGGUGCCUAAUGUCCUGAUGGGCAUAGGAGCAGCAACUGGAGUGAUUCUUUUCAUGAUUAUGUGUUCUCCAAUGUUCAGACCGCUACCUGACCUUCCUAAGUUCUUUUGGCGCUACCCCAUGUCCUACUUGAGCUUUGCUACUUGGGCAGUGCAGGGGCAACUCAAGAAUGACAUGCUGGGGCUUGAAUUUGAUCCUCUGAUUCCUGGUAACCCCAAGGUUAAGGGAGAACAAGUUCUGAAAGUGAUAUUUGGGGUUUCAUUAAAUCAUGGCAAGUGGUGGGACAUAAUAGCAUUAGUUACCCUCUUAGUAGCUCACCGAUUUAUCCUUUUCUUGGUACUUCGAUAUAACAAGAGACGGAUAUCACCCUUGCGGUGGUUUUAUGCCAAGGCAAGUCCACACUAUGGUGAAAGAUUUUCAUUGAGCAACAAGCAACUUCGUGUCGCUUUCAAGAAACAGCAAGCUGUUCCAUUACCUGCUGAAUAGGGUAUUAUAUGUCUUCAAGAUAUGCAAUAUAACUAUAUUAUCAUUAUGGCCGAUUUCUUCCUUUACCCCAAUACAGGGAAAAGGACAUAGUAAAAUAUUUGAAUAUAUGCCCAUAUUUUGGAUUGUUUCGUUGUGUUAUC